AUGUCUGAUAAUUUAGGCAUUAAUUUAGACUGGAAGUACAACUUUGCUGGUGGUAGACUGCUUCCGAUAGCGAACGUCGGCCGAAUCAUGAAGCAGAUUUUACCUCCGAACGCAAAGAUCUCCAAAGAAGCGAAAGAAACCAUGCAGGAAUGCGUGUCGGAGUUCAUUAGCUUCGUCACCGGGGAGGCAUCCGAUAAGUGCCACAAGGAAAAGCGUAAGACGGUGAACGGCGACGACAUUUGUUGGGCGCUGGCGACUCUAGGGUUCGAUAACUACGCGGAGCAACUGAAAAAGUAUUUGAUUAGGUAUAGGGAACAAGAUGGAGAAAGGGUUAACUUGAAUAGGGCUGCUGGUAGCCACCAAGAAAAGGAAGAAACUUCGAAUUACAGACAUCAUGGAGCUGGGGAACCCAAAUCCCCAGACUUCUUUUCCCUCAACGUUCAUAGCUCUUAUAUUGUUGAUUAG